UCGAGAAAAUAAAACAAACUGCAGACCACUCAGACCAGAGAGUCAAGAGUAGAGAUAGAGAGAGAGAGAGAGAGAGAGAGAGAGAGCGAGAGGAAAUGGGGGAUUUAUAUGCUUUGGAUUUUGAUGGAGUUUUGUGUGAUAGCUGUGGAGAGAGCUCUCUCUCUGCUGUGAAGGCUGCUAAAGUGAGAUGGCCAAGUCUAUUCAACGGUGUGGAUUCAACUUUGGAGGAUUGGGUUGUUGAGCAGAUGCACAUAGUGAGGCCUGUGGUGGAAACUGGAUAUGAGAAUCUAUUGCUUGUGAGGUUGCUGCUGGAGGCGAGAAUCCCUUCUAUACGAAAGUCAUCGGUCGCGGAAGGGAUUACAGUGGAGGGGAUAUUGGAGAAGUGGUCAGAGCUGAAGCCUGUGAUUAUGGAAGAGUGGGGUGAGGAGAGGGAUGCUCUUAUUAAUCUUUUUGGGAAGGUCAGGGAUGAGUGGAUGGAUGAAGGCCUAACAACUUGGAUUGGUGCAAAUAGAUUAUAUCCAGGUGUUCCUGAUGCUCUAAAAUUUGCAAGCUCAACCAUAUACAUUGUCACCACAAAACAGAGCCGAUUUGCUGAUGCUUUACUGCGAGAACUUGCAGGAGUUACAAUACCGCCUGAAAGAAUAUUUGGUCUUGGAAGUGGUCCCAAGGUAGAAGUAUUGAAGCAGCUUCAAAAGAAACCAGAACAUCAGGGGCUGAAACUGCACUUUGUCGAAGAUCGACUGGCAACCCUAAAAAAUGUGAUCAAAGAACCUGAAUUGGAUGGUUGGAAUUUGUAUCUAGGGGAUUGGGGUUACAAUACACAGAAGGAGAGGGAGGAGGCAGCUACAAUUCCCAGGAUUCGGAUCCUUGAGCUUUCUGACUUCAGUAACAAGUUGAAGUAGCUUCUUUUCAUACUGUUCUUCUUCUUAUUCCCUAUCCAGCUAUGAAUGUAUUAAUUCAUUUAAAAUGCAAACGACAAACUUCGUUAUCAGAGACUUAGAAUCUUAGAGUCAGAAAUUUUAUGUACUUCCUCUGUUGUGAUCUGUUGAACAGAAUUUGUCUCCUUUCAAACAAAGAAGCUGAGUAUUAUUGAAUUUGCUUC